AUGUCCGAAAAGUCCACCUUUCUCUCUCCGUCCAUGUCGCCAUCUUCCUCCUCCUCUGGCGGCAAUCCGCCGCCGCCCUACGGCUUUCAUCACCUUCCGCAUUCCCCCUCGGGCUCUCGCACGCCAAGUCGACCCGGCUCUCCACCACAUGGCGGGAGCGUCCCCUCUCCGGGCAGCGUACCCGGCACCUUUGUCAUCAACCUCGGCAAAUUCGGCGGCUUCUACAUCAUCCGCGUUCCGCCCGUCGUACAAAGGAUACUCAGUCUCUUACUCCGAAAGUGGAAGACGCUCAUCUUUGUAGCGCUGUUUGGUACACUCGCUGCGUUUGGACUCUUCGGUGCCAUGUCGACAGAAUGGCGCGAAAUGACCUACUACCGCGUCGACCCGUAUCCUGUCGUGCCAGGCACGCUCAAGUCGGGUCACGGCUCGGCGAGUCCAUUCCAUCCACCAGCUUCGCGUCCCAUCACUCCACCCAAAUUCGGCGCCUGUCUCGGCCCUCAGGGCGUUCCCGUCCCACGUGCACCGGCGGAGCUCUAUGACACGCCCGACACGCACCCUGUCCCGCUCGUUGGCAGCUACGAUGCAGCGGGCAUGGACUUCGGCAAGUGCAUGACCUACCGCUCCAGGUAUCAGAUGUAUUCGGACGAAGCGCUCAACAUCACCUACCGAAAGGACGUUUCCGAGCUCGAGUCGUAUCUCGCCAAGGUCGAGGACUACGACGACGAUCCCGACAACGUCAAGCCGCUCAAGUCCAAACCAAAGUCCAAGACGCUGAUCAACAGCACUUCGACUGCCACCGCCGCCAAUGAUGCCUCGACCAAGCGCGAGAAGGUCGAUCCUCUGUACGGUCCCCGCAAGCCUGAGGGCAUGAGUGAGGGAGAGUGGGAAGGCCGCCUGCGCGACCGACUGUGGCGCUCCAACGUCCUCAGCGAAGAGCUCGGUCCCACCAGCUUCCCAGACUGGCGAGCGCUGAUGGACAAUUGCUACCAGAAGCGCCUGCACGAUCGUGGCAUGGCUGGCGGUGUCGACCACUUUGACCCGCACAACCUGCCCACCACCGAAGAGCCUCACACCAGCGGCAGCCGACCGCGCGUGUUCACCACUCCCGAGACCAAGCGCACAGCCGUAGUGAUGCGCUCGUACGAGGGAUACGCGUGGCGCGAGGACGAUAUCCUCAACAUGCGAGCGCUUAUCAGCGAACUGUCGCUCAACAACCCAAACACGCCGUACGACGUGCGCAUCCUCGUCGAAGUCAAGUCGCGCCACCUCGCCGUCUUCACCUCGGAAUGGGACCGCCUCAAUGUACUCCGAUCCAGCGUACCACGCGAGUUCUGGGGUCUCGUCGAGCUGUGGACCGAGGACGAGAUGUGCGCGCUCUACCCUGGACUGCCAGGAAAGUUCCUCAACAAGAUGUUUGCUCAGACCUCGUACCGAUCGUGUCUGAUGGCGUUGCAAAAAUUCUACCUCGACCACCAGGAGUACGACUUCAUGUACAACUGGGAGAUGGACGUGCGCUACAUCGGCAACUACCUCGACUUCUUUGAGGGGAUCGAGGAAUACUCGCGCAACGAGGCGCUGCACUCUGGCAUGGACAAGUAUGACACCUGGCUCGUGCCCAACGUCACCGCCUCGGAGGACAAUUGGCGCGACAACAAGAGCAUUGCCAUCGGACGCGGAGAGGAGGCGGACCUGAUCACGCUAGGGCCCAUCUUUGAUCCGCGAGGCUCGGGUUGGUACUGGGAGUACGACGUGCAGAACUACCCGCCAGGGCAGAGCACCGAUCGUCGUGCGUCGAUCGGCACCAACAUGCGAAUGAGUCGAUCCUUGCUCGAAGCAAUGAACGUGGUCAACGCCGAAGCGAAGAAGUCGUUGCACUGCGAAGCGUGGCCCACCACGCUGGUGCUGCACUCGCAGCUGCCCAUGUCGCAUGAUCACUCAUUCUACCCCGAAGCGGGCUUCACGCACAAUUUGCCACUGCCGUUCAAGGGCGUCUUCGUGCCACAUCCGGUCUACUUCCGCCACGUGUGGGAGCCCGAGGUGCUGCACAACCGAAUCAACCGACCCGACUUUUACAAAAAGAUCAACGAAAAGGUGAUGCGCGACAGCUCGUUCUACUACGAUGGCGCGCACAGCAGAGAGGUGUACAUGGGCUGGAAGGAGAAGGAGAAUGUCUGCCGUGCUCCGAUGCUGCUGCAUCCCAUCAAGCGCGUCAACUAG